AUGCCAGUAAGCACGCCAGGUGUACAGAAUUACUCAAAGGACAAAAAGGUCGGUGAGGGUACUUAUGCUGUGGUUUAUGUUGGAAAACAGAUCCAUUCAAAUCGAAGAAUCGCCAUAAAAGAGAUUAAAACCGGACUCUUCAAAGAUGGACUUGAUAUGUCUGCUAUUCGUGAAGUCAAGUACUUACAAGAGCUCCGACACAUCAACGUCAUUGAACUUAUUGAUGUUUUUAUGUCCCAGGAUAAUAACCUCAACCUAGUAUUGGAAUUUCUUCCGUGUGACCUAGAGGUGCUCAUCAAGGACCAAUCAGUGGUGUUCAAAUCUGCAGAUAUCAAGCUGUGGCUUCUCAUGACACUCAGAGGUCUCCAUCACUGUCAUAGGAACUUCAUUUUGCACCGAGAUUUGAAGCCGAAUAACUUGCUUUUAGCUCCUGAUGGCCAGUUGAAAAUCGCAGAUUUUGGUUUAGCCAGAGCAUUUGGAAAUGCCAAUGAAGAUUUCACGCCAAAAGUGGUGACCAGAUGGUACAGAGCUCCUGAAUUGUUAUUUGGUUCAAAACAUUAUACUGGUGCAGUCGAUAUGUGGGCAGUUGGAAUCAUCUUCGCUGAGUUGAUGUUAAGAACUCCAUACCUACCGGGAAAAGAUGAUCUCGACCAACUAGAUGUGACCUUCAAGGCGUUAGGAACACCCACAGAGCAAAUUUGGCCGAACGUAUCCAGUUUGCCAAUGUAUAAUGCAUUAAGAGUUUAUCCUCCUCCAUCGAGACAAGAAUUAAGAAACCGGUUCAGUGCAGCCACGGAAAAGGCAUUGGACUUAAUGAUUUCUAUGACACAACUUGAUCCCGCCAGAAGAUGUGAUCUGAACUUAGCGUUGAUGCAUGAAUACUUCACUGAGUCACCUUUGGCCACUGAGCCCGAGGACUUGCCCACAAUUGGAAAGGACACAGGCGAGGACAAAAGAAGAAAGGUGGGAUGA